UAGAAACACCAUGUUGUACUGGCACAACCAGACAGAGAAUUACUGGCCAGCUCAAACAGAGCACUACCACCAGUAUGUCACCACUAGUGGAGGACGUGACAUGCUGCCGUUACCACUCUUCAAGCACGAAGACUCUGCCCUUUCUUCAGACCACGACGCCAGUGCCAUCACCUUCCAGUACGUCCUGGGUGCAGCCACAUCACCCGCUGUGAAACUACAUGAGGAGACACUCACUUACCUCAACCAAGGUCAAUCAUAUGAGAUCCGCAUGAUGUGUAAUCAAAAUAUGAGGGGAUUGUUGGAACUGAAUGGGAAGAUGCUGAAGAGUAUAGUAAGGGUCGUCUUCCACGACAGACGCCUACAGUAUAGUGAACACCAACAGUUCCAGGGCUGGAAAUGGAACAGACCCGGAGAUCGACUGCUCGAUAUUGAUAUUCCUCUGUCAGUUGGAAUUGUGGACCCACGGGUAACCCCCAUGCUGCUGAAUGCUGCGGAAUUUUUCUGGGAUCCAAAGAAACAAACCUCUCUCUCCAUUCAGGUUCACUGCAUCAGCACAGAAUUCACCCCCAGGAAAAAUGGUGGCGAGAAAGGGGUCCCCUUCAGAAUUCAGAUUGACACCUUCAAGCUGAGUGAGAACGGAGACUACACUGAGCACCUGCACUCUGCAAGCUGUCAGAUUAAAGUAUUUAAGCCCAAAGGUGCUGACAGGAAACUGAAAACUGACAAAGAGAAAAUAGAGAAACGGUCUCCACAGGAGAGGUCCAAGUACCAGCUAGCAUAUGAAACCACGGUGCUAACUGAGUGUUCUCCUUGGCCUGACACCCCACCCUGUACAAAUAUUAGCCCGGCUGGAAGCCCAGGUUAUAGCCCAGCAUCUCCGAUUCCAUUCAACAUUCCAGAAGGGAGCUGUUCAUCUCCAAACCAUCAGGUGGAUGGAUCAGUGCAGAGCACAAUGGAGCAUCUGUCACCGACGUUAACAAUUCAGGAAACGCAGCAGUGGCUUCAUCUACACCGAUUCACACCCUUUUGUAAACUGUUUGCAAAUUUCUCAGGGGCCGAUCUACUUAAACUCUCGCGCGACGACAUCAUUCAAAUUUGCGGCCCAGCAGAUGGAAUCAGACUUUUUAACACGCUGCGACUGAGGUCCAUUCGCCCACGCCUCACCGUUUAUAUGUGUCAGGAGCCCGCACAGGGAAAGGAUAAAGAAGAUUGCCAGGACACCACCAAUACCGCCAUGUGUGUUUACAAGGAAAUCUACCUGGAAGAUCUAACCAAAGCUGAACUAACCAACAAGUUGGCAGCUCUAUUCAACAUCUCACCAAGCCAGAUCCUUCAGAUCUACAGACAGGGAGCAGCUGGGAUCCAUAUCCUGGUUGGGGAUCAGAUGAUUCAGAAUCUUGCGGAUGAAUCCAGUUUUAUAAUUAACUCACUGAAAGUGGACAGCUUGGGUGGCUACUACAUGAUUUUAAAAUAGGAAGCAGAGAGCCUUUGCGUCUGAAAAAGAAAUUAGUGAAGUUGUGAACUUUCAUCUUUUACUCCAAGAGCAGCAGGAGCACAGAUCAACAGAAAUUAUUGCACAAUCAAAUCAGCAAUUGAUAUCACAGAACAGAACCUCCUCCAA